AUGUCUGGCCUUGAAGCCUUAGGUGUAGCUUGCAAUAUCAUGCAGACAAUUAGUUUUUGUAAAGCAAUCUAUCAAGGACGGUCCCCCGGCGAAGAUCUACAGAAAUGUGUCGCAUCAGUUCGAACGUUCUCGGCAAGAUUGAAGACGCACUACGAAAAAGCGAAAUCGCAGACAGACGGAGAGAAGGAGCUGGCUAGUGUGGCUAGGGGGUGCACUGAGGCGGCAGAAAAACUAGAAAAAGAGGCAAACACACAGAGCGACGCGCUCAAGCUCCAGCAGAAAGAGGGGUUUGAAAAUCAGGACGCCACGCUCAAGCACUUCAUUUCGCAGUACGCCUCCGGCCACAAAGAAUUAGGCGAACUUGUCUUCAAAGAGUUGACGUUGGUCAAAACGUGCAUUCGAGAUGAGAACCUACAACUAGGGAAUUCCGUCAGAAAUCAAAUUGUGAGCCUCAAAAUCCCAGGUAUGAACGAGAGGGGCGACGGAUUGGAUGACGAUAUGCAUAUCCAGGCGGUCUUGGAUAAACAUCCCAAACCCAGGUUACAAGAUUUGACAUGGAGUGACAUGGGGAAGUAUGUAGCCGCAGAGCUACAAAAUUACGUUAAUACUGGCCAGAUAUCCGAGAUUUCUGCGCAGAAUCUCGCGGUUUCUCUUCUCGAAAAAGCCGAAGGCGUUUUUCUCUGGCUACAUUUGGUAGUUCGUAGUCUAUGCGAAGGACUUCGACACAACGACCCAGAAGAGACAUUACGCCAACGACUUAACGAAAUACCGGGCGAUCUAAAUGAAUUGUAUUCCGAUAUGUGGAACCGUGUGAACGGAGACACCAAAGUAUAUGCGAAAGUCGCAGCCCAAUAUUUUAAUCUAGUGAUAAUGUCUAAAAAUCUUAAAAUCUGGGCGUUCCUGUGGGGAUUCCCCGCCCCUAAUAGGCGAGAACUAACAUUGUUUCGCUUAAUGGUUGCAACAACAAAGGCCGUCCAGAGUGUAUAUAUCGAGGAAGGAAAGACUAUAGAUAAGGUUACCUUGAAAGAGUACUGCGACCGCACGCGCCAGGCCGUGCAGGUUAGAUGCGCAGGCCUUCUAGAAACGAUUAUACUACCCUCGAGGAUAGCGGUAGUACGAUUCAUUCACCGAUCUGCCUAUGAUUUCAUGGCAGAAAUCGAGUGUAAAUAUUAUGGGGCCGAGGUAUGGCUUUCUAGAGUCCUUGAUCCUUUGACGAGAAUGGGGAACCUGAGAGCUGCAUUCGAAUUCCUGAGGGCUUUAUGGUAUUUAUACGACAUUCAUAUGUUUAGGGAAAACGAUUCCCAUGCGAGCGGCCCACAUUUUCUAGCAAUUAUGGGCUUGUAUGGAUUCUCGGAUUUCCUCAUAUCAAGCAUAGCGGAAAUCUCAAGUCCACCUUCCUUGGCGACUAUUGUCCUGCGAGAUCUAAUUGCGAUGUCCUCUAGCUGGGAUCCCCCGAUAAUCAAGACUCUUUUGUCACUAGAUGCAAAUGUUCGCUCAGUGGCUGGUCAUUACGAGCCCGAGUUGAGUGAACAGCCUCUGAGGUCUCUUACCUGCUUCGGCAAUUUUAUGCGGAGAAAUUUUGUGAAUAUAUCACAAAUGAGUGAAAACUACGACGUGUUUACAGUGUUAUGGAGUUUCCUCGAAAACAAUCCAGAUAUGAAUGAGCGUAUACCGUUGACUCUCGGCGUCUGUGAGCGGAUGAUAAGGGUGGUGGAUUUCGGCAGAGACGAAGAUCUUCUUUGGCGAGGCAAGUUCGGUAAUAUUUUUCUAAACUUGGAAAUCGCCUUUCUGGUCAAAGCGUUCUGCGAGUAUGCGAGCAAAAAUAAAGGCCCGGAAGCGUUUUUGUCACACUCUGUAUCUGAAAUUCUACUCGCUAACCAUGGCGGUGCCGUCAUUGACGCGAAUAAGAGAUACCAAGAUGCUUCAAACGAUUGCCCAGUCCGCAUAUCGUGCAUCAUUUUUUGUAGCAAGCAAUUCGGGCGAGAAGACUACAGGCCUACUAGCCAAGAGGUCACCAGACAAUUGCUGAACUAUCUCUUAGAGUUCCUAUGCGGAAACACUUCAUGGGAAUUGGUGAGUAAGGUAUGGGGAGAGACGGGCCGGGUUUUUAAUGAUAGAUUAAGCGGGCAGUACGAAUGUGUGACGAACAAGACUUUUAAGGAUGUUUGGGUGGAAGAGGGUUGCGGCUAUCGUUGUGUUGACGAUGCUGAAUUAGAAGAAAUACGGAAGUUGAAUCAUCCAUAUCGAAUAGGAGAAGUAGGGGGCUAG